AUGGAGGAGGAGGCUGCGAGGAAGAGGAAGAUGCCUUGGGCCCCCCAGGCAGGCCCCGAGCUGAGGACGGAGAGCCCGGAGGACAAAUCCCCCUGUGAGAAGCUGGUGGGAGAGGCCGUUUUGAAGGGCUCCACGGUGCAGGAAGGCAGCGGGGAGGAAAAGGUCCGGAGAUCCCCCCACAGGAGGGGCUCCAAAGCCAGCCCAGGGUGCUCUGAGGAGGAAAGACCCAGCCUGUGCCGGGAAGGCGGCCGGAGCUUGAGGCGGAGCUCUGAACUGGUGGUCCCUGAGCAGCCUCCAAGCAGAGAGAAGCCCUUCAGGUGCUUGGAAUGUGGGAAGAGCUUCAGGCAGAGCUCAAACCUGCUCCGACACCAGCCCAUCCACACUGGGGAACGUCCCUACACGUGUGGGGAAUGUGGGAAGAGCUUCAACUUCAGCUCCAACCUCCGCACCCACCAGCGCAUUCACACUGGGGAACGGCCUUAUUCUUGUAGGGAAUGUGGGAAGAGCUUCAGCCAUAGCUCAACCCUCCGUAUCCACCAGCACAUCCACACUGGAGAAUGUCCCUACACAUGUGGGGAAUGUGGGAAGAGCUUCAGGAAGAGCUGCCACCUCCUGACCCACCAACGCAUGCACACUGAUGAACACCCCUACACGUGUGGGGAAUGUGGGAAGAGCUUCAUCACGAGUUCCAGCCUGAUGCAACACCAGUGCAUCCACACUGGAGAACGACCUUACACGUGUUGGGAAUGUGGGAAGAGUUUUAGACAGAGCUCCACUCUCCACAACCACCAGCACAUCCACACCGGGGAACGGCCUUACAAGUGCUUGGAAUGUGGGAAGAGGUUUCAAACCAGCGGGAAUCUCCUCCUGCAUGAGCGAACGCACACGGAUGAGAGGCCCUUCCGCUGCACCGACUGCGGGAAGGGCUUCAAGCAGAACGGCAACCUCGUCAUCCACCGGCGCAUCCACACCGGAGAGAGGCCCUACAAGUGUGGGGAGUGUGGGAAGAGCUUCACCCACAGGUCUGACUUGACCAGACACCAACGGACCCACCGGUAA